CUGUGAUUGGUCGAGGCUACCCGUCUAUCAAAGCAGGCUCUGCGUUUCAUUGGUGAAACACUAGCAGCCGCCUCUGACUCUCGCGGUACUGCUGCAGGAAGAUGGCGGCCGAACUGGUGGAAGCGAUGAACAUGGUCAAAAGUUUCCGGGUCUCAGACCUGCAGACGCUGCUGGCCUCAAUGGGCCGCAGCAAAAGUGGGCUGAAACAGGACCUGGUGGGGCGUGCACUGAGGCUAGUGCAGACCGAAUACAGCCCAGAGCUUCUGAAGAAUGUCAGACAGCUCUAUGAGUCGCGCUUCCCCAAAACAUCCGGCUGGCUUGCGGCACGGCGUCCAGAGGGCAUCUCAGUCGCCUACUCAUCCCUCAGCUCCUCCCCCACUGCCACCUCUCAGGGCGCAGACUACCUCAAUGGAAUUUCCAAACCGAUCCCCACACCCGCACCAGAGGUUAAGUUGGUGCCACUGCCCUUUUACCAAACUUUGGAGACACUGUUGCCACCAACAGAACUAAUUGCCCACAACAAUGAGAAACUGCAGGACAGUCAAUGCAUAUUUGAGUUAACACCAAACCAGGCAGACCAGAUCAGAAAUGCAAGUGAGCUUCGUCCAGGAAUCCGAUCAAUCCAAGUGGUUCUUAGAAUCUGUUACACAGACUCCAUUGGUGUUCAGGAGGACCAGUAUCCUCCCAACAUUGCUGUCAAAGUCAACCAGUCCUACUGUCAUGUGCCGGGCUAUUACCCCUCGAACAAGCCUGGUGUUGAACCCCGUCGUCCUUGUCGUCCUGUUAACAUCACUCCCUGGUUGCAUCUCUCCAACGCAACCAACAGAGUCACCAUCACCUGGGGAAACUUUGGCAAGCGGUACUCUGUGGCAGUGUAUUUAGUGAGGGUUUUCACUGCAGCAGACCUCUUCAGCCAACUCAAACUCUGCUCUGUUGAGAGUGCAGAACGCUGUCGUGAACGCAUCCAAGACAAACUACGAUUUGAUCCAGAGAGUGAAAUUGCAACCACAGGCCUCAGAGUUUCUCUCAUCUGUCCACUGGUGAAGAUGCGGCUCGGCGUGCCAUGUCGAGUUUUAACUUGUGCCCAUCUUCAGUGUUUCGACGCAGUCUUCUUCCUGCAGAUGAAUGAGAAGAAGCCCACAUGGACUUGCCCAGUCUGUGACAAGCCCGCUCCCUUUGAGCUGCUCACUAUUGAUGGGUUGCUAUCUGAGAUUCUGAAAGAGACAAGCGAGGACAUCGAGGAGAUUGAGUACUUAACUGACGGCUCCUGGCGACCCAUCAGAGAUGAGAAGGAGAGGGACAGGGAAAGAGAACGCAGCAACACACCAGAAUAUCCUGUUGUUGAUAUAUGCAUUCCUGAAGCAAACGGUCAUUCGCCAGCCCACAGCAGCACCAGCCUGACGGGCAAAUCUGGAAGCAGCUCCUCUGGGGUGGCAGGAGUCACAGGAGGAGCCGCUGUGGCACCGGGCGGAGGUGCAGUGGUAGAUCUGACUCUUGACUCCUCCUCUGAGGAGGAAGGGGGCGGGGCAGGAGGAGACAGUGAGGACACAGAGGACAGCGCCGACAGUCCUGCCCCAAAGAGGGGCCGAUACAACUACGACAAGGACCUGGUCACUGCCUACUGACCCCGCAGCUCUGUCCCCUCAUAGACUGACACACACACAGAGACAGAGAGGCAGGGGGCUAAAAAAAAAACUUGAGGACAGGAACACGGUAAUCCACUAGAUGCAACAACCCUCCCUUAUGCCCAGACUUCAGAGCCUUUCAGCUGCUCUGGUUUCUAUCGAGACAAAACAAACACUCACUCAAACAUGCACUGUCAAUGAAUCUGCAAUCUAGAGUGAUUAGGAUUCCUCUUUGUACUGUACACCACUGGAAGCAACUCUAACUCCAACCGUCACCUUGCAGUGAAUAUCUGUACCGUCCUGCUUCUACUAAAGAGACUGAAUGGAUCGAGCACCCCAGCACCACCGCCCCCCCCACCCCUUCCUCCUCCUCCUCCUCCUCUUCUCUCUCUACAGACUAUUCCCUCUCUACCACCACCACAUCUCUCUUUGUAUUUGACUUGGAAUUACAGGCUCUUUUAGCCAUGGGCGUUCAGUGUUUGCAUCUCUGAUUUUGUCUCUUUUGUGACGAACAGGUUGAAAAUGGAGGCUCCUCAGUAGUUUUUGGUAAAAGGUCAAAAACAACUAAUGGGAAAGAGCAAGGGAAGGACAAGGCAGAGAUAUCUGGAGAGUGAUGCAAAUUUAAACCUCUCCCAUUGUGUUACUAUUUCUUUUUUCAGAGAAUGAAUUCAAAGCUUGAAAGGGUUUUUUCAGGAAUUUAUCCUUUUAAUUAUGAAAGGGCAGAACACAAUACUGGCCUCAAUGUGUGAUGCUUUCAAUUUUUAUUUUGUCCUUUAGAUAAAGAGAACCUACCUCAGUCAUAAAAACUUAGCAGACUGACCAGAGACUAGCUUAGAAAGAAGCUGAGGACAGAAGAAUUGAUGAGUCUUUCUGAAGCCAAUUUUACACUGGAGAUUGUUUUCCUACAUAUAUAUCUUUUGUUUAUUAUUUUAAUUCCAUCGUUCCAUGCAGCUCUGUUCGCUGUGCAGCAACAAAAUCUUUGUCGAAGGGCAAGUUAGUUUGUGGACAACACAGCUAGCUGUAGGUGUCAGGGAUACAAAAAGUUAUGGGUGGAAAUGUGCCACUCUGUUAAACAUUACUGCAGGUAUCUCGCUGUAAAAGGAUCUUUUUAGGGGCUCUUGCUUGUGGAAGUAAUUCAUCAAACAGACUGUAUGGCAGCUGUGCCAAAGCAGAUGGAGUUUUUUAAGAAUUCACUGACAGGAAGCGGUUAUGAGAUUUUGGUGCCUUUUGUUUGUCGAGUGGUGAAGAUUCGAGCCUGUUGUUUUAAGGCUAGCUGAGCUGGCCAGCAGAGAGACCCCAGUCUGAGAGAAGGUGUUUUAUUUCAUUUAGGAUUCCUCUUUAGAUGUUUUUCCAGAUGGAGAAAUGGACAGAGAAGCAGAAACAAAUCUGUGGUAAAGGAUCGUUAUGGAAUAGAAGUGCUGUCAUCAUUUUUUUCCCACAUUUGGAAGUAUCAUAUUUAUUUAAUUGCUUCAAAUUCUCUUAACAGUUGUUUGUAAUACGUCUGCAUAAUAUUUGCUGUAGUUCUGUACAGAUGGGAGAUAAUAGUUGCAGAAAGCAGGACACCUCUGCUUUGGUUUGAGAUACAAUUGGUCUGGGCUCAUGGCUGUGCUGUUGAACACUCCCUUUUCUUUUCCUCUGAAUGAAUCUACCCUGGGUCAAAGCAGCAUUCAGAGUGCUCUGCUGCGGCGGGUUCAACAUGUCUGACACAACGAAACUUAAUGAAGUGUCAAUAAGUGCAUCCCCACCAAGCUUAAAGUCAUUGAUUGGAUUACAAAUGGUCCUGUCUGGAACAAGUGGAGCUGCUCCAACCAACAGUCCCCCUCGGCCUCCUUUCAAUGUAGAUAAGGUCACAUCUAUUUGCUGGAAUAGGAUUGGACUUUAAUUGCUACAUGCUGUAGGCUUACAACUAAUAUUCCUCUGCACCUGCACUAGUAUUGUUAGUAUGUGAUGGCUGCUCCUCAGAUCAGGAUCCCCGGUUGUCAGCGUUUCGCCUGAAGAUGAGAAAAGGUUGUUGCUGUGUUGCUAGAGCUGUUUGCACUUUUCGUCUGAUACUUCAUCCCACGUUUAAGGCUUAUUUAUUUCAAAGCCAUCAUGUAGUGAGUAUUAAUUAAGGAUCCCUGACCGUCGUGAUCAGUUGUCCUCACCCCCAUCUCAUGUAUGGGUAUCAGAAAAUGUGAAACCAGAAUAGCGGCGGUCCUUCUCGACUGCGAGACGCUUGGAAGGAGAGAAUGAAGUAGUGACUCAGAUUAGUUCUGCAUUGCGUAUUUCCCUCUCUCAUCAUUCUCUUUUGUUAGUUUGAUCAGCACAGAGUCUAGUUUUCUUUUACCUCACUCAAAUGCACACAGAGACAACAUUUACAUAUUGAUCCCGGAACUCACUGUUGCAAGUGCAUCCUGAUACGGUUAAUGAUUGGAAUAAGUAGGUCGAGUCAAAUCUGGUCUUCCAUUUUUCUCUCUUCUUUUUGACAAUUUGACGUGACAAAAUCGAUAUACUGGUGAAAGAAAAUGUUUGGUAAUCUACACGAAAUUGAUUGAUGGCACUUUUGCCUGUAAUACAUCAGAGUAUGUCCCUGAAACGGAUCAUCUGUAUAAGAUGUUUUUGAAGCAGAAAUAAUGUAAAGAACUCUAAAUACUUGUCUUGAACUAGGCAAUUUGUAUUUCUAUGUAACUGCUCUACAUGUAAAAAAAUGACUUUGUUGAUAGGUAUAGAAGGUCAUUAUUUGAACGGAUCUCUUGAACUUUUCUUUGCCUUAUGGUUAAAGAUGAGAGGUGGCAUGGGUUGCUUCUGUGGAACUGAGCCAGAUUAAGUUUGCAGGUUGUUUGGGAGCAGAACAGCGCUGAGGGUCUGGUCUUUUUGUAGUGGCAUCUCUUCUUCUUAUAAUAAUGCAUAAGGUAGCAUGGGCAGAGGCUUACAAUCCAUGAUGUAAAUGUUUCGUUUGUUGUGUUUUUUUAUAUGUUCAUAUUAAAAGACAAUAAAAUUUAAAUAAUAUUUUAUUAA